AUGGGGCAUGUCUGCAACGAUUCGGCGGAAAAACUGGCUGAUGCGAUCAUAGAUGCCCAAACAAUCUUUGUUGUUGGUGCAGGCAGAUCUGGUUUGGCGAUGAAAAGUUUUGCCAUGCGCUUGAUGCACAUGGGCUUUGAUGCUUAUGUCGUAGGAGAGACCGUAACCCCUAGCAUCACAGAGAAAGAUGUGCUACUGAUUGGCUCUGGUUCGGGUUCAACCAGUAGCUUGGUGGUCGGUGCCAACAAAGCCGAUGCAAUCGGUGCAACCAUCUGCCUCAUCACCAUCGACGAAAACUCACCAAUUGGCAAACUGGCAGCGAUGGUUCUCACCAUUCCUGCCCCUUCACCAAAGAUUGACAGAGAACUCGGUUUCCGUUCAGUGCAGCCAAUGGGAUCUCUGUUUGAACAGAGCCUCCUGUUGACAUUGGAUGCGAUCGUCCUCCUGCUGAUGGAGAAAACGGGGAAAACGACGGAGUUGAUGUUUACGAGACACGCCAAUCUGGAAUAA